AUGGAAUCUGACAAAACCAUUCACAGGGGGGAAUGGACUCCGACAUCAUGGCGGCUCAUGCCAAUUCAUAUGCAGCAAGUCAUAUACGAAGACGAAGUGUUCUUGAAGCAGGUCUUGGCCAGGUUGUCAGAACUCCCGGGCCUGGUGUCGCCAGAGCAAAUCGAAGCAGCCAGGAAGCACUACGCGGAGGCUGCUCGAGGCGAAUCGUUCAUCCUCAUCGGAGGCGACUGCGCUGAGAGCUUCGACGACACCAAGGAUCAUAUAAUCGCUCAGAAGAUGGAUCUCCUUAAUUACCAGGCCCAUCAUAUCGAGUUCGUGACUGGCCUCCCUGUGCAUAUCACAGCUAGAUUGGCAGGGCAGUAUGCCAAGCCGAGAUCUCAGCCGAUGGAGGCAUUACCGGAUGGUCGUCUGGUUCAUGCUUUCCGCGGACACAACAUCAACGGGCCUGGACUAUCCGAGCGUCAUGAGGCUCUUCUCCUCCCUUUAGAAUCAUCCUUAACCAAAGGCGGGUACAACACCUCAGCAACAUUCCUCUGGGUCGGCGAACGGACUCGCCAGCUAGACGGCGCCCACCUCGAGUACCUCCGCGGUCUCAAAAAUCCCAUCGGCGUCAAGAUCGGACCGAACACAACUCCUGUUGAAGUGCUGACCCUUCUCGAACUCCUCUGCGAAGACAACCCCAGUGAGCCUGGCCGCGUCACAUUGAUUUUCCGAUUUGGCGCGGAUAAAGUGAGCGCUGUCCUGCCUCCCAUUCUCCAAGCCGUCAAGAAUAGUCAGUUCAACCCUGUGUGGAUGUGUGACCCGUGUCAUGGCAACACAAUCUCCCGAAAUGGAGUCAAAACGCGAAGCAUGGCUACUAUGCUCGGGGAGGUGAAGCAGGUGGUUGCUACGCUUGCGGCGCAUGGGAUGCACCUCGGUGGCCUCCACAUUGAACAGACGGGAGAGGAGGACGUUUUGGAGUGUGUGGAAACGGACGGUUUUGGCGAGGAUGUCAAGCUUGGUGAGAACUAUAAGAGUCUGUGUGAUCCUCGCCUCUCCGGUGCACAGGCGCGGACCUUUGUGGCACGUGUGGCCGAGAUGCUCGUGGCUGUUGAAAGGCCCAACUUGAAGGCCGGUGCAAAGAAGAAGCAAUCGGUCCUUCAGAUUGCGGCGUUUGCUCCUUCACUCACCUGGGAUGUCUUCGGAGCUCGGCUUCCGAAUAUACUUGGCUUUGGAAAGACAUAUUCAUGA